AUGCAGUUACGCUACAUUGUUGUGUUGUUUGCGGUUGGAGUGGUAUGUAUGGCGGAAACACAAAGGCCAGAAGUAUCCGACACAGCUUUAGAUGACGCAUUAAAUGACAAAAGAUUCAUACAGAGACAACUGAAAUGCGCUUUAGGGGAGGGUCCAUGUGACCCCAUCGGCAAGCGAUUAAAAACCCUCGCUCCACUGGUUCUUAGAGGCGCUUGCCCGCAGUGCUCUCCACAGGAAACCAAACAAAUACAGCGUACCCUAUCCUACGUGCAAAGGAACUUUCCCCAACAGUGGGCAAAAAUAGUUCGUCAAUACUCUGGU